AAGUACACCCCGUCGCCGUAUCAACCGCACUCCUCAUCUCGACCUAACUCAACUAGUGGGGGGCCGAAGUUUCAUUUGGCCAGACGCGCUUAUAUUCGUCCUUCAGUCACCCAACCACCACCACCAUCCACAAUACCUCUCUCCUUCAAGAUCUCCACAGCAGCUAGCAUGGGAACGAGACGUCACAAGCUGGUUGAGGACGAUCCUCUGACACGCGCCAUGGCACCGCCCUCGAACGAGACUCAACAGCAACGGGAAGUGCGCAUUCGCGCGGAGCAGGAGGCAAAGCGUGUCUCGGAUUCCAUCGACGAGGAACUCAGUAGACAACGCAUGGCCGAUAAGAAGGGUCCGAAACCCAUCAAGAUACUACUCCUAGGCCAAAGUGAAUCUGGCAAAUCGACGACGCUCAAAAAUCUCCAGCUUAUGCACUCUCCAAAAACAUUCCGCGCCGAGAAGGCUUACUGGCGGAGCAUCAUACAACUCAACGUGGUCCAGUCCAUCCACGCCAUUCUGGACGUUAUAUCCAGAGCACAUGCAGCAUCUCACCCAUCCACAUCUUACAGUUCGUCCAGUCAGUGCUCCUCAGGUCAUGUCUCACAUGGCUCCUCCUCGUCGCGUCCACCAUCGGGUCACAAAGACUAUCCCCCACUCACCGCAGACCAUCUCAAGCUCAAGAUGCGACUGGCACCUCUCAUUCAAGUAGAAGUAGCCCUUCUCAGGAAAAUACUUCCCCCAAGUCAACUUGCGUCUGCAGACGACUCGUCCCUGCACGAAGUAUGCAUCAACUCAAACUCGGGUUGGAAGGGCGCUUUCAGCAAGAUAGUGGGAAACGGGGACAAUCGGAAGAGCUGCGAUACGGCUGAUAUGAUAAACUGGUCAGAUCCAGAUGAUCCUGGUGUCGUCAUGCAGGCAUGUGCCGAGGACAUGAAGCGACUCUGGGCAGAUCCGAUCAUCAAGAGAUUGAUGGAAGUCGAAAAAAUGAGACCAGAAGAGAUGGCAGGCUUCUUCCUGGACGAUCUAGAUAGGGUCACCUCGCGGCGAUAUGUACCCUCGGAUGACGAUGUGCUUCGUGCACGGAUAAAGACUGUUGGCGUGUCUGAACACUGUUUCACAGUGCGAUCUGGACCCCUCGGCUCAUCUAUGAGUCACGACUGGCGUGUAUUUGACGUGGGCGGACAGAGAUCUUUGAGAGCUGCAUGGGUACCAUAUUUUGACGACAUGAACGCCAUCAUAUUCCUUGCUCCAAUAAGCUGCUUCGAUCAAGUUCUUCAAGAGGACCCCUCUGUAAAUAGACUCGCUGACUCGUUUCUGCUAUGGAAAACGAUAGUGUCGCACCCACUACUCAAGAAGGCGUACCUCAUUCUAUUUCUUAACAAGUGCGAUAUAUUACGUGCAAAGCUCGAGUCUGGAAUACGGCUAGGGAAUUACAUCACUAGCUAUGGGAACCGGCCCAACGAUUUCGAAAGCGCUAGCAUAUACCUGAAGAAGAAGUUUGCCGCGUUAAUGAGAGAACACGCUAACGACCGGCCGUUCUAUUGCCACUUCACAUCGGUGACGGAUACGAAAUCGACGGCGCUCAUCUUGCAGAAUGUGCAAGAUGCGGUUGUACAUGAUAACCUCAAACGGAGUGCCCUCGUGGGGUGAACUUGAGGGCACGUUUUCGGCACCCGUGGGUUCUUCGUUGUGGCUGGCACUCUUCAACCGUGCUCCCACCAUCAGCAUCUACUCUUGGGCCUUUUCCGUUUUCUUCGCUAUUCUUUGGUCGCCAUCGAUCCACAACCGCAUGUGUACGUGCGUAUCUACACUUGACGCGCCGACAUUUUCCUCGGGUAUUGGGAUAUUUUCUCUGAUUCCUCUUGUUACUGCUUCUACCUAGUAUUUCCCCACGUCUACACCGUCUCUGCUACUCGCACUCAUUAUGUAUUUUACUCUACCGUCGUGUAUUAGUUGCUUUUCCAAAGCAUUGCUUACUAUCGCCGCCUCUUCGUAGUUUGCGGACCGAGGUGGGAAUCGCGCGGUCCCAUCG